UUUCCUUACUUCCUUUCAUUCACACACACUCGUCGUUUUAUACUGAAGCAUAUUUCCCGGCCGAAAACUUCUUUGUUCAAUACAAAUUUCUCUCCUGAACACUUUCCUCUUGUUUCUUCCUAAUUUCUCUACUGCCUUUUCAACCCUACCUGAACCUUCGCUUCUUUUUCUCCCACAAUAUCUAGUCUACCAGCAUUAUCUUCAAAGAUUAUACACAUUCAAUAUGAGAUAUAGCCGAUACCGUACCUCAGCAACUACUACACUGAUAAUUCUCGCACUAUCACUCUUAUCCACCAUCACAAGGGCCCUGCCUACUGUACAGAUUCAAGAGCGCAAUGUACUCCAACUCGCAGCACCUCCGCCCACCCAUGCUCCAACCCAACCGGCCGCACCUGUGAACCCAAAACCUUCUGUGCCCUCCCCUAAUCCUCUUCCUACUAAAGACCCAGAACCCACUCAAACCCAACAGCCAGACCCAGAACCUACUGAAGAGCUGCCAGCUCAACCUCCUUCUUCGCCUUCUGUCUCCGAGCCAUCUUCACCACAUCCUUCAGUGCCACCUGCACCCAAACCUUCCAAUCCCAAUUCUCCACCACAACAUUCUGCAAAUCCUCCACUAGCGAAGCCUUCUGCUACAAACGCUAUCACUGAAUCGGCUGUAAGCUCUGUUGAUCCUGUUGUUGUCUUGGGCACAGCUCCUAAUGCAGUACCAACAACCUCAGCUUCACCAGAUGAUGGGUCUGGUGUGCCCACGAAGGUAUCUCAAAGAGUUCUUAUUGGUAUUGGCACAGCUCUUGGGACAGUGGUUAUUGCACUCGGAGGGCUCGCAUUCUACCGCAAUCGGAAAAAGAAGAAACUAGCAACAGCGCUCCUUGAACAAACCGCGCAGUUUAAUCACAACGAUCCAUAUGCUAGAUUCUCAGAAAAUACGAAGUCUGUCAAGGAAGGAGUACCUAUGACUCCAACCAAACCCUUGGGAACAUACACUGUAGCAGUAGCUUAUAUUCCUGCGCUGGCAGAUGAGAUUGAGCUUGGUGAAGGUGACUCAAUAACGAUUCUUCAGGAGUAUGAUGAUGGAUGGUGCCUCGGCAUCAAUAAUUCGAGAAACGGUAUUAAGGGGGUUUUCCCAGGACGUCUCUUAGAAGAUUAUUAUAAUACGCAAUAUACUGGGCACGACGGACUAAGCCCUUAUCCGCAAGAUCAUGGCUUCAGGGCUAUAACUAGCAAACGCAUUAGCUCAAUGCCUACGGCUGGAUGGAAUAAUCCAGUGGUGUACAGUGGCGGCUAUAGUGGCUGUCUCCCCAAUCCUCAUUCCCAUGCACACUAUAGCAAUGGUCAAGGUUACUAUAAUAAUAAUUAUAGUGGACACUAGCCCACAGAGAAUGAUCAAUAUUUUAGUAUGGUUGUUCCUGUAUCUUAUAGCAUGUCAUAGUCAAUAGCAUUACAC